AUGGCUAGGAUCUUCAACUUUGGGAUCUCCAGUGUGAUCUCCGCGAUCCAAUUUGCCGCGAUGGCAUUUCUAAUCAUCUGCUGCGUGACAGCUCCUGUUUUUAAGCAGAUUGGCAUCGCGAAAACGAACGACGUUGUCUUUGGUACAUUUGGCUACUGCGAAAGUGACAAGUGCUCCUCUGCGGCGGCCAACUAUCAUCCAGAAUUGCUGGCUUCUUCUGAAACGUGGAAAGUCAGUUCCUCGGCGCGCGGAAAGUUAGGGAACAUUCUUAUUGUCAUGCCUGUUGCCGCAGGUCUCACCUUCUUUGCAAUCAUGAGCAAUUUUGUAUCGCAGUUUGGCAGCAUAAGUGCGUCAGGUGCGAGUUUUGUCGUCAAUCUACUAUUAUCCAUCCUAGCGUUCGCCGCUUCCGCUCUGAUGUGUGUGGUGACCUUUCUGCUGUUUUACCCCAAAGUGACCUGGUGUUCUUGGCUCUUGAUCCCAGCAGCUGUUAUCAAUCUCGCAUGUGUCCCACUGACUUACGUUGCUCACUCUUUAGCACCUAGAAUGGACACAGAUGAAGAGGGGUCGGAGAUGAAUAAAGGCUUCGGGCACGACGUAACUCGAUUGGAUCAAGAUCCUGUCUACGAUCGGUAUAGUAUGAAUAAUUACAAUGAGAAUCCCGAGGGAACUAAGGCCGAUAAACCAGCUUAUCCUGAAUUCUACAAGGGUCCACAGAUCGUCACUUCCACAACUUUGAACUCUGCCACGACAGAUUCGAGGUCUGACCGUGAAGCUUUCAUUCGUGACAAACAAAGUUUGAGCGCCGAUCCUCAAGACCAUCAAUCGCAACUUGUGGCGCCCGGUAAGGAGGCGCCUGUCAACGACUUCUCUUUCGAAAAUACAUCAAAUGAGACGAAACCAUAUUCAGCCAUUGCCGGUCCUUAUGGUGAACCGAGAUCUGGGACAGAAGAUUCCAUUCCGAAAGCAUUUCCAGCUUUACCUCAUAUGAAUCGUGGGCCUUCGAAUACGUCCUCGUUCUAUUCAGAGAGAGCAAAUGGCAUUUCGCGUCAAGGUACCUUGAACACAACUGACUUAAGACCUUCUUCCGCACUAAAUUUACAAACAGUAAAAGAUGAGAAGCCUAAUCAGGAAGAGUUACAGAAGAUCAUCAAUGGCGCGAUCCGCGAGGAAGAAGACGAAGAGUUUAUCAAGCAGCAGACGAUUGACCCAAGCGAGCGCCCACAUCUAGAUGACGACGAUGGAAUCAAAGACGAUGACUCUGAUUUUACCUCUGUUUCCCAGCGUGGUAUUAAUCCAAAUUAUAUGCAGUUUACGACAGGGCCAAGAAUUGGUCAUCAACCACAUCAAGCUAAGACGAUGUCAAACAUGAGAGGUCCCGUGAAUCAGCCAGGUGUUCCUCUUGCUGGCGCCCCUAGUCACACAUAUCACAUGGUUCCUUCGCAUGCCCAGAGGGCCUACGUUCCUCAGCCAAAGGAAGUUGCAACGCGUCAAAAUUAUCAACCUUAUUCAGCACAUCAACCUCUUCAAGGCACACAGGGGAUCGCACCGUCAAAAUUUCCAUCCUUACUCGAUACAACAACCGCCUCAAGGCCCCAUUCCUGCUGCGUUUCCCAGGGCGCAACAUCCAGCGCCAAAUUUGCGCGGUAAUUCUGACGCUGUCCUGAACACAAAUCCUGAUUUCAUGGUCUCUGAUGUAGCUACUGCAAGAAGGCCCGGGGUUGGAAGGCCCCAACAAGGAAUGUAUGCCCCGCCUCCGCAAAGUGCGACUUCACCAAUUUACCGGCCGGCCUACAAGAAACGCUUACCAAAGCAAAAUAUGCCGGCUGCUUCGAUGGCCAGGGAUGGCCCAUAUAGCGGUAUGAUGUAA